AAGAGUUGCAUGAAAUUUUUUUUGGAAUUAAGUUGGGCCUUUUGAAUUCCUUUCUCGAGAUUGCGAUGGAUCACAUUGCAUUCUCACCUUGCACGACUCUUGCUAGGACACGAAACAUAUCCACCUGGAGUAGUAAUCGAGUCUUCAAAGACAAAUUCGCUUUGUGUAAAAUGCAUAUGAAUACAAUGCAAAGACGUCAAUUUGUUCGGCUGGCUUUAGUAGCUUUCGCUUCGGUUUCUUUUCCGCUUAAGAUACAGAGUUUAGCAGCAACUGAACAACUUGAAGCUUUAAAGCUUUCCCCCUUCAAUAAUCUUCGAUUCGUUACUUUGGAACCGGGACUGAAAGUUGCCGAGAUUUCGCAAGGAAGUGGUCCUCAACCUCUACCAGGAGAUAUCUGUGUCGUAGAAUACACAGGGUAUCUUAGCAACGGACAAGUUUUCGACUCUACUUCUGCAAAGGGUAGGAAGCCCAUCGCCUUCCUUUAUGGGAAAGGUCAAGUUAUCCCAGGGUGGGAAAUUGGUUUAAGAGAUAUGCGACCUGGAGGGCGUCGUGUCUUAGUUAUUUCUCCAUCACUUGCCUAUGGAGAACAAGGGGUAUGUUUAGAAGGUUAUGGGUGCUACAUACCACCUAAGGAGACUCUGGUUUUUGAUGUCAGUUUGGUAAGAAUAGCUCCUUCUCCUAACUGAUCAGUUUCGAACUUGGUGAAUGUACUGCUAUAUGUUUAGUUUUGUAAACUGCGUACAUUUAAAGUUCUUACGUUGCCUCUUUGUGUUCAAAUGAUUCUGUGAGUUUUGGUGAAUUCUGCACUUUACGACUUCACUGUGCAUCCUUUUUAUAUAUGUGAUCAGAAUUUCGUAAGGUCUAUUUUGGAUACCUCAAAAAUAUUGCAUAUUUCAUUUCAGGACCAGCACUAAAACUGUAGAGAAGAUAUUUGUCUACUGACUAUCUUUUCUGGUAUUUCAAAGAGUGAUAUUCACAUAUUACCAUAGUCGAAGCUCACUAGAUAAGUUUCAGAAUUGGGUUGGUUUAGUAUCAAUUUCAUGGAAUAUAGCGGUAUCGAAAUACCAGUAAGGUUACUUGUGAAGAUAAAUGUCAUAUUUGAUAA